CCCCCAAAGCGUGCUGUCGUCACCGGUCAGCUCCAACCAGCAGCCCCCUGAAGUGGGCUCCACACCGGAGGGCUCAACAGUUGAACUGUCGACGAGCUGCAGGAGAGGAGGACUCGGUCCGAGGCAGACUGCUGCCGAAGAUGUGAAGAUAAACACGGCGUUAUCUCCACAGCAGCUCCUUCACACGUCUCACCGGGGACGAGUCGUCUCCAGUAGAUGCACUUUGCAGCUCUGCUCCACCCCAGAUAUUUUAAUUUUUUUUCUGUUUUUCUUUUUGAUUUUUUCGCUUUUGUGAGCGAUCGCUAUGGCACUUCAGUUCACAUCCGGGCCACAAUGCCUUGACUCCAUUAUUGUCUAAAACUGGCGGAGAGGUUGAUAAACCUUUAUUUUUUAUUUCUACACCUGAACGAGACAUCUUUCUAACGAGCAGUGAAGGCUGGGACCGAGAGGACAUGUCUAACCAAGGAGUCCGGCGGAAUGGCCCCGUGAAGCUGCGACUAACAGUCCUCUGUGCCAAAAACCUGGUGAAGAAGGACUUCUUCCGCCUCCCUGAUCCCUUCGCCAAGGUUGUAGUGGACGGUUCAGGGCAAUGCCACUCUACAGACACUGUGAGGAACACACUCGACCCCAAGUGGAAUCAACACUACGACCUAUACAUCGGAAAGUCAGAUUCCAUCACCAUCAGCGUGUGGAAUCACAAGAAGAUUCAUAAGAAGCAAGGGGCUGGGUUCCUGGGCUGUGUCCGCCUUUUGUCCAACGCUAUCAACCGCCUUAAAGACACAGGCUGUAAGUACCAGAGACUAGACUUGAACAAGCUGAGUCCCAAUGACAGCGACACAGUCAGAGGCCAGAUAGUGGUGAGCCUGCAGUCGAGGGACCGGAUAGGCACAGGAGGCCCUGUGGUGGACUGCAGUCGGCUGUUUGACAACGAUCUCCCAGAUGGCUGGGAGGAGAGGAGGACGGCGUCUGGACGAAUCCAGUACUUGAACCACAUCACACGCACCACACAGUGGGAGAGGCCUACCAGGCCUGCGUCAGAGUACUCCAGCCCUGGCCGGCCUCUCAGCUGCAUCGUGGACGAGAACACGCCCAUCAGCACGAACGGGGCCACGCCCACCACAGCGUUGCCGCCUAUUGACGGCGACCAGCGCGCCCAGGAGAGACGGGUCCGCUCCCAGAGGCACCGCAACUACAUGAGCAGAACUCACCUGCACACACCUCCAGACCUCCCUGAGGGAUAUGAGCAGAGGACCACGCAGCAAGGCCAGGUGUACUUCCUCCACACUCAGACAGGUGUCAGCACGUGGCAUGACCCCAGAGUACCGAGAGAUCUGAGUAAUGUGAACUGUGAGGAGCUGGGUCCUCUGCCUCCUGGAUGGGAGAUUCGGAACACUGCAACCGGGAGGGUUUACUUUGUCGACCACAACAACCGAACCACGCAGUUCACAGACCCACGCCUCUCCGCUAACCUGCAUCUAGUCCUAAAUCCAAGCCCAAGCCCGAAUGGUUCUCGAGGAGGCAUCGAAAGUCAGAAUGUCAGUCGUCAGAACCAAUUGAAGGAUCAGGCCCAGCAGGCUCUGGUGUCCCCCGGUCAGCUCCCAGAGGAGGCCGAGUGCCUCACGGUGCCCAAGUACAAGAGAGACCUUGUUCAGAAGCUCAAGAUCCUCCGCCAGGAACUGUCCCAGCAGCAGCCUCAGGCCGGCCACUGCCGCAUCGAGGUGUCCCGCGAGGAGAUCUUCGAGGAGUCGUAUCGCCAGGUGAUGAAGAUGAGGCCGAAGGACCUGUGGAAAAGGCUAAUGGUGAAGUUCAGAGGAGAGGAGGGGCUCGAUUAUGGAGGAGUGGCCAGGGAGUGGCUCUAUCUGCUGUCACAUGAGAUGCUGAACCCGUACUACGGCCUGUUCCAGUACUCCCGUGAUGACAUCUACACGCUGCAGAUAAACCCGGACUCUGCGGUCAACCCUGAGCACUUGUCAUACUUUCACUUUGUGGGCCGUAUCAUGGGGAUGGCGGUGUUCCACGGCCACUACAUAGACGGAGGCUUCACUCUGCCCUUCUACAAACAGCUGCUGGGUAAACCCAUCACCCUGGACGACAUGGAGUCUGUCGACCCCGACCUGCACAACAGCCUUGUGUGGAUCCUCGACAAUGACAUCACAGGUGUGCUGGACCACACCUUCUGCGUAGAACACAACGCCUAUGGAGAGAUCAUCCAGCACGAGCUCAAGCCCAACGGUAAGAGCAUCCCCGUCACACAGGACACCAAGAAAGAGUACGUGCGGCUCUACGUCAACUGGCGUUUCCUGCGAGGCAUCGAGGCCCAGUUCCUCGCUCUGCAGAAGGGCUUCAAUGAGGUCAUCCCCCAGCACCUGCUGAAGGCUUUCGAUGAGAAGGAGCUGGAGCUGAUUGUAUGCGGCCUGGGUAAAAUCGACAUCAACGACUGGAAGUCCAACACGCGGCUCAAACACUGCACUCCAGACAGCAACAUCGUCAAAUGGUUCUGGAAAGCUGUGGAGUCGUUCGACGAGGAGCGCAGAGCGCGGCUGCUGCAGUUUGUCACCGGCUCCUCCAGAGUUCCCCUGCAAGGAUUCAAGGCUCUCCAAGGUGCUGCCGGCCCACGGCUCUUCACCAUCCACCAGAUUGAUGCCAGCACCAACAACCUGCCCAAAGCCCACACCUGUUUCAACCGGAUUGACAUUCCUCCCUACGAGCACUACGACAAACUAUACGACAAGCUGCUCACCGCCAUCGAGGAGACGUGCGGCUUUGCUGUGGAGUGAGUCACUGCUGCAGGUAGAGCUCCGCGACAACCAGAAGCAACAUGGUUUGGCCAUGAUGAGCCUCCCCCCUGCAAAUCAACCCACUCAGACGGGGGUCAUCCACGGUUGCUUCACCCAGGGACGCCCAUACUUCCCGGGGACAUGUGGCCAAGGACGGUGGGCAAAGAAGACCAGACAAUGUCAUCUGACUCUGGGUGUUUUUUUUAGACCCUCCAGCCCUCCUUUAUGUCUUUUUUUAUCAUUGAAAAGGAUCUCUUCAGCUGCUAAUAACUCAGACUAUUUACUAACUUGUGGAACCUGCAGAAGUUGCUGGCUCUUCCCUUUUUUUCUAAGUUCAUUUUAGCAUUUUAAAAAAUAGACUGUAUUCCAUGUAGCAAUGCUCCAUCUUACCAAGCAGAACACAAGGUCAGUCCACUCUGAAACCACAUUAACAAGACUGGUUUGUUUGCUAGAGCACAGGGUUAUUAAUGGUUACCGCAACCACUCGGAAACACUAAAUUUGGAUGCAGAGUGUGCAUGACUCGGGCUGUUUGGUGCCUCUGAGCGAUCACAUUUGGGCUAUCGGUAAUGCCAAGGCUGGAAAUCGGGGAUGUGUGCGGAGGAGAUGGCGAGACUAGAGACUGAAUUAGGCCGAGCCCGACUGUUUACAACCCUCUCCAAAGACGGCAGCAGGGACCUCUGCUCCCGAGGCGCUGCCCAGCAAGUAGCGCUGCAUCCCCACAAACCUAUUCCACACGUCUGACAGCUAGUUUUGUUUGAAAAUGAAUGAAAUGUGUUAUUUUUAUAUAACAGGGAAAAUUGAAAAAGAAACAAUAAAAUUCUAUAUAAUAUAUAUAAUUUAUUGCUGUUAUAUUUCAGAAACCCCUAUCCAUUGUUUCAGAAACACAAGAUCUUUUAAAUGUUAAGUGUUACUGUUUAAAUUAUAGAAGACAAUUUGUGAAAACAGAACUAAGCUUGACUGAAUUUCACUUACGAAUGCUGUGGUUUAUUUCCUGACAUGACCUCUCUCACACUGUACGAGGAGAGGAAUGUCUCAAAGAGCAAAAAAAUCUCAAACACACAAUGUCCUCUGAGUGCCAUAAUCAUUUUUGAAUGAAUGACUCUUUGCUAAUAUCGAGCGGACCCUUUAAAUUCUACUGAUUUCAUCCUGGAGCUACACGUGGUGGCGUCUCCCGACCCUUUUUAUAACACUUUGUCAUUUGUAGCUGGGCUAUAUUAAUGUCACUAGCUUGAAACCGACCACUGAUUUCUGAUGGUAUUCUGUUGAGAAGAGUCCAAAGUCCAUCUUUAUUGUGAUGCCUCCACAUUGUUGUUGUUGAAAAAAGAAAAAACCUCGACUACCUUCUAGCCAUGUGGUGCUAAAAUAGCAUUAACGUUUGUCUUAUAUUGGCAACCUUACUCAUUGACAUACUACUGCUUAAAGUGCACACUACACGACUCAUGCUCGUACCUGUCUGUGGCCACAAAAUGUUUCCAAGUGAUCAAUAGCUCUGGCUAGCCACAUUCUCAGGAGAUGUCAUAUGUAGUUUGUAACGUCCUUUGAUUUGACGACUGAUGAGAAACGAAUUCUGAACGCUUGUUUUGAUUUCCUGAAUGUUUAAGUUUGGUAUUUUUCCACCUGGACAAUAUUUUCCUGUGUUUCUGUGUGUGAGACACAGCUUCUCUGCGUUCCUGUCGUCCAUAUUUCUGCAUGUUUUCUGAAAGAUUCAGACGAAAUGGAGCAGUACGUGAUCAAGAAAUAGAACAGAUACAGAUAAUGGUGCACUCGCUCAUCCCUACUAAGUCAGUGACAAAAACAAACUUUAAGUGGACGUACAUUGAUGGUGAGUUCAUGCCAGAGUGGAUACAUUACUGCUGCAGCCGUUUCACUCAAUACUGGACCAGAAAUUGUUGUUCCCCGUUUCCACCAAACACUCUCAGUACAGCACCUUUGGAGCCAGCAGUAACCCUUCAGACAUGGUACCUAGACCCUGUUCAGACAGUGCUCUUAAAUGUGGGCGGGGUUGUUGUCACUCACUGCUCCGUCCAGCACUCACUGUAUUUCCUCCUUUAUCAGUCUGCACCUGGUUUAUCGUCCACAGAACGAGGCUGCACGCCCACAUUUUCACGACAAAACAGAACAGGCUGCAGUGAGAGUCUCUCUCCAUGGGAUAUUUAAAAAUAGCAGCUUUGUGCAUUUAGUCCUUCUCAGGCAAGCUCAGGGGUUUAGUGUUGCUGGAGCCCACAGGAACGACUGUCUGCGACGCUUUUUUGGGGAUUAAAAGUUGCCGGCAGUCGGCCCAGUGAAUGAAGUUCUUUUUUCUCAGACUCCAGCUGCUGUGAGAGGCAGCAAAACAUCCUUUCAUUUUAUAGUUACAGUUUACUAAUAAAACUCUCCACAGUAUGAACAGUGGUUACAUGAGCCUCAAAACCAGACACAACUCAGCCCUGAGCAGAGUGACCGUCCUCUACUGACCAAUCAGACUGCAGUGUUCACAGCUCCACCUUUUAGUACCAGAUCUGUGUGCUAGGUACCCCAACAGAGGGGGGACCAAACAUGGGGACGCUAAGGAACGCUUCUGUUGGUACCAUCCACAACUUUUCACAGUGGAACAGAAAAACUGAACUAAACCAUACCGCUCAGUGGAAACAGGGCUUCAAACAUAAGAACAUGGGAACAUAAAGUCCAGGUUGAAGAAUACUGAACUUUCCCUUUAAGGGUUUUAAAGUCUUGUUGUUUAAAUUGCUUCGCCCACAGCAGACCAUAAACACACAGUAACCGUUGCAUGUGUCCAUCUGUGUUUUUAGUUGAAAGGAAACUGAGUGAGAUGAACCUGAUUUAGCCUGUGACACAGUGACGUUUUUAUUCACAGAAAGGGGGGGGGG